UACUCUCCUCUCCUCUCCUAUAUCUACAACAACAAAGACACGCAAUAAGAUGGUCCAAGCUUCUCCCACUGCCCCCAUAAAACUUGUGUGCCGCCAAGCUAAGCUAGCUACCUCGGAGGUGUCUCACAGCUAGCUCACGGCUCAUAGGGGAGGAGAGAGCACACCCACUAGACACGACAGGAUGGUGAGAGUCCCCAGCCUUGCUCUGGCGAUCCUUGUCCUCGUCGCCCUCUCGGCCGCCACCAGCCGUCCGGGGGUCCUCGCGGCCAGAAGCCCGGGCGUCCUUCUCGCCCCAACGGGCAGCCGCGGUGCCGAGCAACCGCGGAGACUCGUCGAGGCUGGCGGCAAUGGCGCCCCCGCCGCUAGCCUGGAUGCCUCCGGGAAGCCCGCGGCGGCGGCGGCCGGCUCUUCUCCGCCUCCGACGGUGUUCGACGCGGACCGGAUGAGCAAGCGGCGAGUCCGGAGAGGCUCCGAUCCCAUACACAACAAAUGCUGAGGGUUUGGCGGACCCGUUGAUGGCCGGACCUGAAGGGGCAGCCAGCUCUCCUUGUUUCCCUUUGCCUCCCGUUUUUUCAUUCUUCUUCUUCUUCUUCUUCUUCUUUUGGCGCCUUUCCCCCCCUCUCUCUUGAGGUAUGAGUCGUUUCAUUAAUUCCUUCAGGGGUUCAACCGGUUUUGUCAUAGAAAUACAUGUACAUAGAUGCCGAUGAAAGGAUGGGCGCAUGUGUACCUACUUCUUAUUA